AGUUACUGACGGAAUCCCACGCGGCGGCGCCCGUUGCUUGGCUUGGUUGUCUCCCUUUACAGUCGAGAUUCUCGUGUGAUUUCACAACACUUCUCUUCUCUCACUCGAGCAGGAAAUAUGGCUGAGGAACUCAAAAGAUAUUUGAUGCAACUAAAAAAUUCUGUUGCUGGUCUCAAUGCUAUCAUUAUCACUGACAGAGAUGGUGUCCCUGUUCUAAAAGUUGCUGAUGAUAAUGCUCCAGAGUUGGUAAUGAAACAGAACUUCCUCUCCACAUUUGGCUUGGCCACAGAGCAAGCAGGCAAGUUAGGGUUAUCUGAAAAUAGAUCCGUCAUCAGUAUGUACACAACGUGUCAAAUUAUCCAAAUCAAUCACCUUCCUUUUUUGAUUACACUUGUUGCUUCUAUAAAUGCCAACACAGGAAUGCUUUUAAAUGUCCCUAAUGAAAUGCAAGAAAUUCUGAAAGAUUUAGAUGCUGUUUUAACUCUGGUUUGAUGUGCAACUGGCUGGACCUCAACUGACAUGACCUCUUGUUAUAUCAGUCCAUCUUCUCUGUGUGCCACAAAUCGGACAAUACACAUAACAAACUGUGAUAAAAUAUCAGAGAAGAGAUUUGGAACUGUCAUUGAUAGGAAAAUAUUCUAUUGGCUGAUCUUUGUUGGCUUUAAGUUUGAUUCUUUUCAUAUCUAAUAUUGUAAAUAAAAUUGUGCUACAUGAACGUCACAGUGUCAACCAAGUACUUAGAUGGUUGGUUUUUCUCUAACAGCUCCCUUCUGGCUCCUUUUUUGUUAGCUGUUAUCACCACUUUUUUUUUAACAGAUGUAUCACAUAAGAUGUAUAUCACCAGUGAGAUAAGGACAAAAUGAUGUCAGCUAGAUGAAGAAACGGAACCAUCAAGUAACACUUCUGUUCUAUAUUUCUUUUUAUUUGAACUGAUGUAGAAAAACAGCUUUCCAUCCAAGUUUUCAUGGCUAACAAUGUCAAAAGUGAAAUCUAAUGAUUUAGUUUUAACAAAGCUUGUUUACUCGUUUUAAAACUGUUCAUUAGAUUUAUUAUCUUCUUAAUAACCAACUAGCAGCAUAAAACACUUGCAACAGUGUUUUAUUUUUAUCAAAUGAAUCUUGGUAAAUUAUCUUUUACAUGAAAUUGUCACCAUUUUCAUCCAGAUGCAUUUUAUGCUGCAAAAUAUCUUGGAGACAAUCUUCUAGAGUCCAUCAUCUGAUCUCAUUUGUUGGGCUAUUUUGGAAACCCAGUGAAGUUCUAAUGUGUCCAUGGUUUAGACUAUGAUGCUCCAACUGCUGUUGAUAUUGUAUACUUUGUAAUAUGUCUAUAUUUGGUUUCAUUGUUGUAUUCCCUUUAUAUUAAAUUAUUCAUCUGUUAUGUCAAUGAGGGUAUUUACCCCUAAAACUCCUGACUUUCAAUAUUUUUCUUAUGCCAACUCCUCACAUUAAUAUAUUCAGCUUCGGGUAAUUGAUUGCUGUGUUUCAGCUCUUACAUUCUAUAUAAGAUAUUAAAAGUUAUUUUUUAA